AUGGCCUCUAACCCCCCUAGCACUUGCUGCGCCUCCGGCUUCAAGCACGAGGGUACUCCCGUCGGCGAGACCAAGAACAUUGACGGCGUCGACACCUACGUUGUCUAUCCCAAGGACAACAAGAACCCUGAGACGGCCAUUGUUUUCCUGACUGAUAUCUUCGGUAUCUUCUCCAACUCCCAGCUCCUCGCUGAUGAGUUCGCCAACAAUGGCUACCUCACCGUGAUCCCAGAUCUCUUCCAGGGUGACAAGAUCAGCGUUGCCGACAUGGACUCUGGCAAGGUUGACUUCCCCACCUGGCUUCCCAAGCACCAGCCUGAUGCUGUGGACCCCGUUGUGGAGAAGACUAUCAAGUACGUGCGUGAGACUCUUGGUGUGAAGAAGGUCGCCGCUGUUGGCUACUGCUUCGGCGGUAAGUACGUCACCCGCUAUCUGAAGCCCAACCAGAUCGAUGUUGGUUUCUCUGCCCACCCCUCUUUCGUGACCCACGAGGAGCUCGGCGCUAUCAAGGGUCCCUUCUCCAUUGCCGCUGCUGAGGUCGACCAGAUCUUCACCACCCAACUCCGUCACGAGUCUGAGGAGACCCUCAUCAAGACUGCCCAGCCUUGGCAGAUCAACCUGUUUAGCGGUGUCAGCCACGGCUUCGCUGUGCGCGCCGAUCUGAAGGACCCCAAGCAGAAGUGGGCUAAGGAGCAGGCCUUUGGACAGGCUGUCACUUGGUUUAACCAGUACCUGUAA